CAUUUACGACAAGCCGUAAAGCAGAAGCUAUAAUUUCCUUGGUGACCAAAAUGGCUGACGAUCAGAUAACAGCUGGUUCGAUAGUUGAUGAUUCAACAAACGAUAAACAGCCAGACCAGACUGCACCCGAAAUUCCAGAAAAUGUACAGAAAUUAAUAAACAACGAAAAAGACCCAUCUGCAAUCCCCGCCAAGCGUGCCAAGGUUGAUUUGCAGUCCUUACCGACUCGAGCAUACCUUGACCAGACUGUUGUUCCCAUCCUGCUACAAGGCAUGUCAUUUUUAGCAAAAGAAAGGCCACCAAAUCCAAUUGAAUUCCUGGCAGCAUAUUUGUUAAAAAACAAGAAUCAGUUUGAAUGAAGUUCCAUCAAAAAUAUUUUUAACUCAUGACUAUUUAUUGUUGCUAUAGUUUUUACUUCCUUGAAAGUGUUAACCGAGUGGAUUGUAAACUCAUUCCGAGUUUUCAGUCUUGUGUUUACUGAUACCCAGUGACAUGUUCAUUGUUAUGCAUUUUAAACAUCAUACAGCAGGGGCUUUUCUGAAACGGAUCCACUCACCGAUUUCUUCAUGUAUCUUUGAAAGUGUCUUCUUUUUUUUGUUAAGACUACUUAAAAUGUUUUUAAUGGAUAAAUAUGAAUUAUCCAGUUCAAAGUCUUGAAAAAGUCAACAGUUUUUAGACAAAUGACUUUUUUUUUAACCAUAAUGAAAUAUCUAGAUACAAUGUAUUUGGGUUGAACACCACCAUUCAAGGAGAUAAAUAUUAAUUAUUAUCCCAGUGGUCACUCAUAAUGGGGAAAAUAUUUUUCAUAUUUUCUCAGUGAGGAAUAUUCUGCAUUGUAACAUACAAUACUAUUGGACGAUUUGAAGCUUACAAACCAAUGACCAUGUCCAUACUAAAGACGAGAUCAUCACGAUUUGGCAAACACAAAAUGACGUCACAUAGUUUAAAGUGUUCGCGUUGAUGGCUCUCUGUUUUCAUGGUAAAAUUUGUAAUAAAAUGUUAUUUUAAUGCAAUUCAUUAUAUAUUUUUUGGACAGACUAAAUAGAACUUUUUUUAAAAUGAUAAAAAAAUGUGAUUAAAAUACAACAGUUAAAGCAAUACUCAAAACAGUGUGUUUACAUCAUUUCUAUAGAUGUUACAUGUACAUUUACUUAUAUCAAAAAUAAAAGUUUUUUACACAAAAAAAUAGCUGGGUAAUAAAUAGAAUAACAAACUCUCAACCACUUGUUAUAAAAUUUAUGUCCUGAGUAAAAUAACUUUCAUUUGUCACUCGCUAAAGCUCUUGACAAAUUAACAUUAUUUUGCUCGGGGACAUCAAUUUUAUAAGAACUGGUAACUUGUUUAUUCUUUGUAUACAUUGUUUCUUUCACACCGAUAUAUAAAAUACUAGUACACUUGUUUUUUUCAGAUAUAUAUUACUAAUAUUAAAUUUGUGGUCCAAGACCAGUAAGAAAUGUCAAGAUAUGUUUUAUUGCUUGAGAAAUGAAGAAAUAUUGACAGAAUUGACCUACAAUUACACUAAACCACUACUGUUAUUUUUAGUUGACACCACCAAGACUUCUAAUCUGACCCAGGACUGAAGGCAACAUCACACUUUUUAUAGAACAUCAUGAGACUGUUUUUUGACCUGCAAGAAAUAUGUAUAUUAUAUUUGUAUAAUAGUUUUAAUGUUCAUUGAUAUUGUAGAACAAUUGUUGCCCUAAAAUCUUUAUAGAAUGGAGGAUAUAUUGUUAAAUAGUAUAUUAAUGUUGGUCUCCAGGAUUCUUUUUGUUCUAAAGGGGGGUGGGGGGUAUGUUGUCUUCUAUUAUACUGGUCGUUGGUUGGGUAACAGUUGAUCAAUUGGUUGUGAUGUGUUGUUUCUGAAUUUUUAUUUGCAUAAUGUUGAUUCAACCAUUAAUAUGCAGUUUCAUCUCAUCAAAAAAAAAAAAAAUUCUUUGUUUUACUUCAGCAUCAUUUUAAAAAUACAUCACAUUACACUGAAUGUUACAGAAUAUGAGGAAAUAUAACUAACAUACAAUAUUUUCGUCUAACAGUAACAGUAUAUUCUUCAAAUGAAUUUAUUGGGAAAUAAAUGUUUUAUACAAAA